AUGGUGCUUCCCCAGCGUAGACACAAGGAAGUCCCGGGCGAGGAGGGUGUGCGGGGAAGACAGAGGCCGGCAGGAAAGGCGGUCGCCGACCCGCCCGCGCCCAGGGCUGGGGUCGGGGCCAGAGAACGCCGAGAAAAUACCCGGCAGCAGGUGCUAGGCGCUGGCAGGGGGUGUGCCCUCCUCACCCGAGGGAAUUGCAGACAGACAGGGUCCGGGCUCAAACAAACAAACCUUCGCAACGCCCGCCCAGGGCCUCAGCCCACGCGCGACUGGCCAGAAAGGAGCCCGCGCGGGGGUGGGGAGAGGGAAUGCGCACGCGCAAUACGCGUGCGCACGCUAACGAGCGCCGAGGGUGACGUAAGAGCUGGCGCGGCCGCGAGCAGGCCUUUUCCCGCCCCGGGUGAGAUUUACACGCGUCGCGAGACCUCGCCCGAGGCUCUUGGGGGUCCGCCGCGUUUCCGGUUGGGACAGAGCUGCAGGGAGGGCAUUCUGAGGGGAUGGAACGAUUUGCACCCAAAUCCGGAAGUGGGUGCGAGCGCCCCGCUCUUCGGGAGUGUGCGGAAGUCGAAGGCGCCAUUCGGCAAACGCGGAAGUCCGCCCUGCCCUUCCCUGCGACUCUUCCGGCUAAACGAAAUCCCUUGUAAACAUUUAAAUAUUGGUGAAGAUGUGGAACAAGAGGAAUUCUUACAAAGGCUGGGUAUGUGUAAACUGGGAAAUAAUUCUGAGGGAAAAAAAAAAAGUCAUCUAAACCUGAAGCAUAACCUAAUGACAGAAAGUCCAGUCCUUAAUAUACAGUCCUAAAAAAUGUCUGUGUACAAAAAAGUAAAAAUGUUUAUUGUUCAUAGUAGCCAAAAACCAGAAAUAGA